AUGUCUGAUCCCCAAAAUCCUAAUAUUAAAAGUAGAAACACUCCACAAUGGGCGCUCUAUCAACGAGAGAUGUUUUGGAAGGACAACACUGGAGAAGUCCCUCCAUUUAGUACAGACCCAGGAGAUCUUGAAGAUUUGGCGAAAGAAUCAUUGACAAAAGGCGGAUGGUAUUACGCUUCCUGCAACGCAGGCCAGUCUCACACUCAUCUCGCGAACCGGCAGGCGUUCUAUCGCCACCGUAUUGUUCCUCGAAUGCUCGUCGACACAAACAAUCGCGAUACGAAGACGGAAAUAUUUGGCCACAAGGUCAGCGCACCUAUCGGAUUCGCACCUAUCGGCAUCAACAAGAUAUAUAAUCCAUUGGCUGAGUUGCCCGUAGCUAAGGUUGCAAAAGAAUUAAAUCUGCCAUAUUGUUUAUCAACAGCAGGAUCGACCUCAAUUGAAGAUGUAGGAGCUGCGAAUGGUGCCGGACCACGAUUUUUUCAAUUAUAUAUGCCGCAUGAUGAUGAGUUGACCUUGAGCUUGUUACAAAGAGCACAUGAUAGCGGCUUUACAGCUUGCAUCUUGACAUUAGAUACAUGGCAAUUGGCCUGGAGACACCGUGACGCUGCGAACUCGAAUUAUGCUUUCUAUCAUGGUGUAGGGACUGAUUUGGGGCUGUCUGAUCCCGUUUUCCAAAAACGGUUGAAAGAAGCCGGUAUCGAUCCAGAAAAGCAACCGAAUGAGGCCGGCGCGAUGUGGAUUGAUAAUGUUUGGCACGGACGCGCUUGGUCCUGGGAGAAAAUGCCUUGGCUCAUGGAGCAAUGGAAAAGAAUCAGUGGCGGCAAACCUUUUUGUUUAAAGGGUAUCCAGCAUGUUGCAGACGCAAGAAAGGCUGUUCAGCUUGGCGUUGAUGGCAUAGUCGUGUCUAAUCAUGCUGGGAGGCAGGUUGAUGGAGCUUGUGCAAGCUUAGAUGCAUUGGAAAAGAUUACCAAUGCUGUAGGUGACAAGACUUAUAUCAUGUUCGACUCCGGAGUUCGUGGGGCAGCUGAUGUAUUCAAAGCCUUAGCUCUUGGAGCGAAAUUCGUCUUCGUCGGAAGAUUAUGGGUUUGGGGAUUAAGUAUUAAGGGUGAGCUGGGCGUUCGACAUGUCAUGAAGUCUCUCUUAGCCGACUUCGAUAUCUUAAUGAAUGUAUCCGGAUAUCAGAAUGUGGAGCAGAUCGAUAGGGAUAGCAUUGAGAGUCUCCCGAAUUCUGCAUGUAUGAUUGCAGAGAAGUCGAAAUUAUGA